CGUUAUAGGGAUGCAAAUCCCUUUCUUCUUCAACCUCCAGUACAACGCUACAUGACAUAUCAUUCUAAUAGUUUCUCAGGAGAGUCUCUACUUUGGCUCUCUGAAAUCCCUGUUACAGCAACAAAAGCAUUUGCUUCAAGCCUCCCGUCCCAGUUUCAAAUGCAACCUACACGAGCCGUCCUACCAAUCUAGACUGUUCAGCUCACUCGCACCGCCAAAAUGUCAAUGCCAAACAUCUCAGUACGAGAGUACAUCUGCUGGCAAGGCGACACUCCCUCCGAACCAACCUCCACCCUCGUCACUACCUCCAAAGAAAACUACUACGUCGACAUCCGCAUCUACAAACGCCUCCACUUGUCCGACCCAGAGCUCCCCCUCCCCAACAACGGCGGCCCAAUCCACCGCCUCGAAUGGGCCUUCGCCGGCCUCAGCGAAAGCUGGGCCGUCAAUGCCGACACCGACUCCCUCUCCCACAGCUUGGCGCCCACCUCCAGCAACGCGCCCCAGCCCAAGAACGCCCGCUGGUGGCACUGGCUCGACUCCCACUACGCCCUGCUCCCCGCCCACUGGCUCCCCACCACCAUCCCCUACGAGCAGUACACCGCGCGCGCGCGCACCGACGACCCCUUCAUCGACAUCGCCUCGCCCACCUUCUCAACCGCGUCGACACUGAUCUCGGGCGAGCCGCCAGCCGCCACCACGGCCACGACUCCGCCGCUGCGGAACUUCGCGCCGGUCCUGGACGCGGGCGUGCUGCACCCCGUCCCGCACGACGCGGCGCUGACGCUCGAGACGGGCGUGAUGACGUACUCGCCGACGGGGCUACAGACGCCGUACGAGGAGAUGUGGCGGGAUGUCGCGGCCACGGCGGCGGAUGUAGGGACGGAAGCAAAGUAUAGCGUUGUGCUGACGCUGGAGAUGCCCUUGAUUUGCGCGAGGGGGAUGGUGGUGCGGGUCGGGCAGUGGUGUCAGGGGGUUCUGAUGAUUGGGGCGCAAGUGACGUGCGAGCGGUGGGAGUUUGUUUGGGAGGACGGGAAGAAGGGGAGGGAUGGGGAGUGGGUGCGGAGGGUGAGGCUCGGGGACGGGUUUUUGCCGACGGGUGUGGCGUUUCGGACGCCGGAGGUCAAGGUGGGGAAUACUUGUAAGAACGGGGACAUGGUGUGGGUUGUGAGGGAGAAGUUUGAGUGGAGUGGGUGA